AUGGCGACCGACCUCUUCUUUGCGCAGAAAGCUGCUAUCAUCGCGACCCUCGUCCUCUACGUCAAGUACGUUGUCGCAACGCUUAUCGGUGCCAACAAGAAGGAGCUCGCCGGCCUCCGGGCACCCGAAGACACCCCCGACCAGAAGCAAAACUUUGGGCUUGUCGUCGACGCGGUGGAAGACGGCCAAGGCUCCAAGCAGCAGAACCACCAAGCCGCCCUCCUCGUCGAGAAACGAUGGAGCCGCAUCGUUGCCAACGAUCUGGAAAACAUCCCCCUUGGCUUGAUCGUGGUCUGGGCGUCCAUCUUGAGUGGUGGCGACACGAACGUGAAUGGCAUCAGCAUCAUUGUGUUCGCCGCAAUGCGCGUCCUUCACACGAUCUUCUACGCAAUGGCGUGGUCCAAGCCUCGAUCGAUCGCGUACCUCGUCGGGGUUGCGGCCGUCCUCGUCAUGGCUGUGGCUGGCAUCGUCGGUGCCUUCAAGAACUGA